UUUCAUCCCUUCGGAAGCAAUUCGAUCGGAUGCUCUGCAGAGAAAUUCUCAUCAGGGGCAGAAUGAUUUGCUUUGUUCUAUGGUUACUUUUAGAUGGAAUAGGGCUAUGCUUUUUAAACUCAGCUGUAGGACAGUCUAAUAAUCUAGAUGCUUAUAAGGAAUAUAAGUGGUGGAUUCAUUCUCAUUUAACUUUUCCGGAAGAAAUUAACAGAAGAAACAAGAGAUUAAUAAUUUCCCGUCCUGAUGUGAUACCAUCUUCGAAUAAUCCUAAAAUAUUUGAAGUUUCCACUGAUCCAUCUUAUUCUAUAGGAACUAGAAAAAGAGGUUCGAAGAAGAAGAGCUUAAAUGGUACAGCAACAAAUUCUUCUAAAAUUUAUUCAGUUGGCGUUAAAAAGAAAUUCAAAAAACAGGGAAAAAUGAAGAAAACUGAUACAAUGUUUCUUCGUCAAGGGCAAUCACCAAAGCGUCUACGUCAACAUAUGCAACAUAAGAAGAAAGUAAAACAAUUCUUACAGAAACGUAUCCAAGAGCAAAUUGAGCAGCGCAAUCAAAACCCAAGUUAUUAGUGUACCACACUUAUUUGUAUAACCUACUAUCACAGCAACAUUUGUUUUCAAGAGUUUUUUCACAAAAGACACUUGCAGUAGAACACUAUUUGUACUUGUGAAUUUAGAAAUCAUUCAAAUCAUCUGGUUGGAAAUUAUUGUGUCAUAAAUGCGUUGUGCGCAUGAAUUGUGUAUCAAUAGAGUAAAAUAAAAAAAGAUAUAA